UACUUUGCUUGCUUUGCUCACUUUGCUGUUGUUUUGUCGUGUUCUUGUGUUCAAAAACAAUUAUUUUUACGUAUUUAAGCUUUCUUGUUUUUGAAAACGUGGCAAGGAAACCUACUAUAAUGAGUACAUGCAGAACGUGCCUAAAAACUGCAGCUAGAAAGGAUAUUUCAGACUUGGAAAAAAUCAUAAAAGAUGACAACAGAAAAUGCAUUGAUAUCAUGUCUUUUUGUUUAGAUAUAAAGGUUACAGAGGACUCCAAAAUAACCACGAAACUGUGUGAUACCUGCUAUAGAAAAAUCAUCUCGUUUUACAAGUUUAAGGUUUUAUCUUUGGAAAAUGAUACAUAUCUAAAAUCUCUCGACCCACUUCAGCAGCCUACAGACCAAAAUUUAACUCUCUAUGUGGAUGAAAACGGAAUUAAACAUGAGAAUUACAUGGAAUGUGAAGAUUUUGGCCCAUGUGUAACAGAAUAUAGCGAUAGAGAAAUUAAAAUAGAAAUAGAUGUUAAGGAUGAGGACAGACAAGAAGAUUCAGAAAUAACAGAUAAUGUAAAGGAAGAAGGUACAUUUGAAGAUGUAGAUUUAGAUGAAGAGCCACUGAGUGUGGUACAAAAAGAUAAAUAUGAAAAUUUUGAGGAUGAUUCCAAAGAAGAGGCGCCAGAAGAUAAUGGUGGGCAGCGGAUGCUGACGUGCAAGGCCUGUCCAAAGCAGUUUGUCACUUUUGGCGGGCGGAGCAAACAUUACCGGACCACACAUUUAGGCGAAAGGGCCAAAUGUGAUAUAUGUUAUAAAGAGGUGGUAAACCUACAAGAGCACAAGCUGCGCGUACACAACCCGUCUGGCAUGCGGUACAACUGCUCGGUGUGCCAGCGCCCUUUCCUCAAACAGACAGAGCUGGACACACAUAUGGUCACGCACACCAAGGACUACCAGUUCCAGUGCGACGUGUGUCAGAAGAAGUUCGGCGCCAAAGGUUUGCUCACGCUACAUGUACGCCAGGUCCACAAUAAGGAAAGGAACUAUAAAUGUGAACAGUGCCCUAAGGCUUUCUUUAGCAGAAUGAAACUAGAAAGACAUUCAAGCUCACACACGACCGAAAAACCUGUAAAAGAAUAUCAAAUCUGCGACGAAUGCGGCCUGUCCGUCGUCGACCUAAAAACGCACGCGGCCCGCCACCGGCCCAGGGAGGAGCGUCGCCUGCUGCCGUGCAAGGCGUGUCCCAAGACCUUCUACACCAUCGGCGGCCGGAAGAGGCAUUACAAGACCACGCAUUUGGGGAAGAAACCUAGGUGCGAUAUUUGUAAUAAAGAGGUGGUGUGCGUGUCGGAGCACAAAAGGCGCAUGCACUCGGCGAGCGAGCUCCCGUUCCCGUGCGUCCACUGCGGGCGCCGCUGCGCGACCAUGUCUCUGCUCAAAGUGCAUCUGCUCACGCACACCAAGGACUAUCAACACGAGUGCGAUGUCUGUCAGAAGAAGUUUAGUGCUCAGACUUUCCUUUCGCUCCAUAAGCGGGACGUGCAUGACAAAGAAAGGAGCCAUCAGUGUGAAUAUUGUCCUAAGGCAUUCUUCAAGAAAGAGAAACUAAAAGAACAUAUAAGGAGCCACACGAACGAGCGGCCAUACACGUGCAACGAGUGCGGCCGAUCGUUCACGAAGAAGGUCCACCUCACACGACACCUCACCACGCACAGCGGCCUGCGCAAGUUCCUCUGCAAGAUGUGCAACAAGAGCUUCAAGACGUCCGGCUACCUGAAAGUCCACAUGGUCAGUCACACGAAGGAGAAGCGCUACCCGUGCGGGUUCUGCGGCGUGCGCUUCGGCCGCUCCGACCACCGCCGCCGCCACGAGUUCACCGCGCACCAGAAACACCUGCGGGCCGACUGAAGACUCUGUGACCGGGGGAUAAGGUUCAAAAUCGAGGGGAUGGUGUAGGAAUGACGUGCAGGGAUAAAUUUGUAUUGUCCUCGGUGUAGGGAAUAUUCGGGUUAUUCCCACUAGUUACCACCAAGUUUUUACCAGUGGUAACUAUUGGGAUUUUUUUUCCCCAUUAGUUACCAGUGGUAAAAGGUGGGAAAAAAAUUCCCACCAACUCGGUUUGGUGGUAACUAUGGGAAUUUUUUUCCCAGAUUUUUUUACGGUGGUAACUAGUGGAAAUAACCCGAAUAUUUUUGCCGCGUACUGCUAAGCGGCCAAGUGUUAUUCAAUACAUAUUGAAACUCACAAAAAAUACGAAAAGGGAUUUAGGUAGUUACUUUUAUAAUUGUAUACCAUUUUCCAGAGUUAUUAUUUUAGCAUUAAAGGUGAUCGUUUUGUUUAACGUUAUUCAUAGGGUAUUAGAGUUCAAUUUUUAAAUAAAUAUCGCUGUUGGAGUUCAAUUUCUUAGUAAAAAAAACUUAUUUGUAGAAUGUGCUAUUUCGUUAAAGUAAAAGAUACUGAUGUUAUAUUUAUCUUUUUUUAACAUUUUCACCACUAUCGUAAUUUUAAUAUAUUUUUAUAUUUAAGUUCGCUAAGGUUUAAAAUACCUUUAAUUGGAGUAGAGUUGUAUUUGCUAUACUUCACUAUAAAAGAAAAAUCUGUUCAAUUUCCUGUGUUCUGUGUAAAAUUUUGUAUAUGGUGGGCUAAGAUAUUUAUGACAUAAUGUUAUGUAGUUUUAUACGUAAGAAAAGGUUGUAAUUAUCUUACAUACCUCUCUUUUAUGUUACAGUAUUUUAAGCUAAUAAUGUUAAAAGUAUUUUAUCCAAAAAUCUAUAUUUUGUUAUUUCAAUUGUGAACAAUUGUGAUCAAGUUAAGCACUUUUAUUAAAUUGUCUAUCUAUAUUUGUUAAA